UCUCAGCUUCAGUUCGUUUCAGUUUCAGUGCGCAGUCAGUUUGUCAACGGGUCGGAUGCGUGUUCGGAAAAUCGCGCAAAACGAAUAUACUUUGGAAUAUAAUAAGCCAAAAUAAAUACAAAUAAAAAACGUUUUAAAGUGCAGUGCCUGUGCAGUGAAAUAUCUAACAUUUUCCACGGAGGAAUAAAAAAGAAAAACGAAAAAUCAUGGCAUCCUACGGUUCAACAGGCUGCCUCUUGCUCGGCCUUUUAUCCCUGCUGAUGUUUUUCAAUACAGCCUCCGCGGUGCUGCGAUGCUGGCGUUGUUCAACGGACGUCUCUAACGGCGAGUUCUGCAACGAUCCCUUUAUGCCGGAGACGAUUUCGGAGCAACAGCGCUACUGGAGCUACGUGAACUGUACCUAUUCGGUGGGCGCGAAAUCGGUGAAUGCCCGACCUGUCUGCAAAAAACUCGUGCAGGAAGUUUACGGCAAGCGGGUGAUUUCGCGUUCCUGCUUUUAUGAGGAUAUGGACGAUUCGGCGGACAAGUGCGCCAAUGACCAGACCUCGUCCUACAUAAAGACCGUCUACUGCCGCACCUGCACCACCGACGGCUGCAACGGAGGCAGUGGCUCCACCCCGCUCGUCCUGCUCCUGAUGCUGCCACUCCUGCUGGCCUCCUUCAGGCACUUGCCGCUAUGCAAAUGAGCCAACGGAUCCGGCCCGAGCUUAAUUGCGGGACUGCGAGCCGAAGUUAAAGCUGGCCGGGAAUUUCGGUGCUUAGCCCGGUCUUAACUGAAUUUCUUCAUCGAGUUUUUAGUCACUUUGCCCUCACGAAUCUGCACAAAUCACAGGAGAACCGGAUGCCGUCGGCUGGGGAACUCUCCGUCCUGGCCAUCGGGGUCACCCAUUCGACAUUGUCCGUGUAAAUGUUUCUUGGUCACCUCACCCACGAAAAUCAAACAGUUACUCGUAGUCACAGCUCUACACCCGUCAUAUAACACUCGAUCACACUUAACUUUGCUGUAAUUUGUACAUCUUUGUAAUAUCUUUAUUAUUGUACUUGUAAUUGAAAGGUCGGAGCCUUCGGGUGCCGUCCUACGUAAAUAAAUAAAUCGUAAUUAGAUGGUA